GAAAAUUCAGAUUAGGAUAUUGAAGCUCCCACAGGCCUUGGGGUUAAAAAUUCCUUUUUUGCUUAAUAUAUAGUAUAGAUAUAUAUAUACAUAAAAUAAAAUAGUAACAUAUCAAUACCAAACCCGACUAUAUUCUAUGUUGACUUGUAUUAGAGACCCACACCAAAUGGGUAACAUCCCCUAAAUCACUUCACACAAUCCCCACAAAAAAUUGAAAAUAACACUAUACCAUAACCAACUCACCACAACAUCAAUAAAAAAUUAAAACCAAAAUCACACCCAAAGGUAAAAAAGUAAACUCCAAAACUCCCAAAUUAAACCACAACAACGUACCAUAAAUAAUUUUCUGAAAUGGAAUGGAAUUUUUGAAUAGUUGGUUUAGAAGAAAACAUCCAAAAAUAAAUGAAGCAGCAUUUUCUGAAAUGGAAUUUUUGAAUAAUUUUUCCAAAUAAGAAUAUAUAAAAAAUAAAAAAUUAAUUAUUAAAAAAUUGAAUUCUAAUAUUUAUUGGAAGCACAGUGCAUAACCAUAUAUGCAUUCUCUCCUCAUUCACAGAGCUCUCUGUCUAAUUAUUGCGUGUACAAUAAACCAGUCAAACUCGUUUCAGUCCCUAAGCCCACCCCAAAACUCUCUCUCUCAAACGGAAAAACCCCACCACCCCAGUGGAUUGGAAUUGGUUGUUUUUUGUUUUUUUUUGUUUUUUCCUCCUAUCACUCAUCACUGACAUGUCUCUGUGGGGAUUGUUGUUGUGGGGGUCCUCUAUCAUUUCUGCUCUCGAACUCACAACAAUAGUGCUCUUUUCAAACCCUAACAAUGGCAAACCAAACGUCGACCUUCACUCCUCCAACAAUGGCGACACCAACGAUGCUUACGAAAGCCAUCGUCUUAGGGAAGAAAGCAACAGCAUAUGUUCCACUCCCUACGUCUCCGCACCUUCAAGCCCCGGUCGUGGCUGCCCUGCUAUCGGCUACUUCUCCAGUGCUCCUACAAGUCCUAUGCACUACGUGUUAUCCACCGCUCCUAGGUCUGAUUCUUUCUUGUCAACCGAGUCUAGCUCGUUUGAGUUCGAAUUUUCUUUUGGGUUCUUACCGAACGGUUCAGUAGGUAAUAGAUCGAUGAGUUCGGUCGACGAGUUGUUCUUGAACGGUCAGAUCAGGCCGAUGUCACCACUACGAGCAACACAGUUCCAAUGCCAAGAACACAAAGAAAAUGAGGCCUCUCAUCAUCAUCAUCAUCAUCAUCGCAUUCUGGAGUUGGAAGAUUCUGAGAACAAAGAAGCUGAAACUCAGUUGAUCGAGACAACACCGUCAGGCUCUGCUUCGUCUUCAAGGUCUUCAUCGUCCGGAAGGACUUUGAAGAAGUGGAUAUUGUUCAAGGAUCUAUUGUACAUAAGCAAAACCGAAGGUAGAGGUAACAAAAAGAAGUUUUGGUCAUCGAUCACGUUUACUUGCUCAUCAUCUUCAAAGGACGAGAAGGAAAAGAAUCACAAGGAAACGCAAAAAAACAGAUCUUCGGAAAACUAGUGAAUGGCGUCGGAAAGCGUAGGGUUCCGUUGUCGGCUCACAAGUUGCAUUACACUGCGAAUAGAGCACAAGCGGAGGAGAUGAAGAAGAAGACCUUCUUGCCCUACCGGCAAGGACGGCUCGAAUGUCUACGGAUUAGCGUUUGCAUUUUCGAGUAAUUUUAUUUAUUACCGUAUUAUGGGUUGUAAUUUAAGUUUUUGUAUAGUAGAGACAGAAGCCUUUGUUCCAAUCACCAUUGAUGAUUUUGCUUCUUUAGCUAUCAAGAUAUUAUUGGAUUCUUUAGCUAUGAAGUAUAAAUAAUAUAUUUGUUUAAAUUAUUUUAAAUAAUUUCCCUGUGCUACAGAAACUAUUUUUGGUUUAAAUCUAGCUGGAUCUAAUGUAAAUCUACUCAUCUUCUUCGUCGAAAACUUAUCUUAUUCGCCAUCGGUAAGCAUGAAGCAUGGAGUCGGUGCUCGGUGGUUGACGGUGAACCCUAAGCAAUAGUGGUUGCUAGUGACUUUAGAUUAGAAAGAAAAAGAACAAAAGGAAGGUGUGGUUGUCACCGGAUUUCAGAGAAAUAGAUAUAAAGAGAAGAAGUAAGGUGCAUAGAAAGAGCAGAAAAUACUGGGCACAGGAUUUUUCGUUUAUCUAAAAAUUUUGGGAUUAAAUAAAAUACACACUUUUAAAAAAUGACUUGUAGGUAAUUUGCCCUUUUUUAUUUUCGAGUGCUAUGAUUUGGUAGAAAUAUAUUUAAUUAUUAGGAUUUGUCCAAAUCUCAAUAACCGAGGUCCCAUAUAUAGGUUUUUGUGAUGCGGUCUCUCUCUCUCUCUCUCGACAGAAUGCCUAAGUCUGCUUCGCUCGUGAGUGCAUAGUGCUAAGGCAGAACGUCCAUCUUUAGCCUCUAAGUCACAAGACCCCCCAGAGUCUUGUGAUGAACAUUGAACACUUUGGCAUGCCUGAACCUUGCCUACUGGCUUAGGCACUUGAGUGGCAUUGUAUACUCCUUGGAGUAGUAGUAGCUUGUGCAGUCCAGACAUGUGAAGUAUGAGUUCUGUUGCUAUGUUACAUGGACUAUGGUGUAGUUGUUGCUUGCCAUGCGGAUAUGUGUCUUCGUGUCCUCCUCUAAUUAUUAUGUCGAAGGAUAUGGGGACAUGACAACAUAUUUCUAUUUCUCUAUAUACUUGUUUUAUUUUCUUGAGUAAAUGGUGUUUACAAGGUGCAUUUAUAGCAUUCAUGCAUAAUAUGGGCACUUUAUACUUUGUUUCACAAUAAAUGUGAAUUACUAAAUAUAUCUGUUAGGUGAAUGUUUAACUAAACAUGCCAGACACACCUCAUAUCCUUACCCAUGAGUGUCAGUGUCCGACAAAUGUACUUCAUGCACACAGAAGUGUCCAUGUAAUGAUUCCUAACUACAAGGGA